GAUUAAGGGCAUAAAGCUGAUAAUUAUCAAUGACAUUUCAUUCAGUAGUUAAACAUGUUGUCUGUGAUUGGGGGGCAGCCUUACAUGCCCCAUAACUCAGUGACUGAGUUCAUACAACAGUAGUGUCAGUCAGUGCCUCUAGCCACUGUCUACCCUGAAGCCCUUUUCUAGCACAGCCCUUUCUGUUUAGAGAUCUGGAAGACUGAGGCCGAAUUUCAAGAGAUUUUUCUUUUAUGUCUAAGUGUUUUAACAUCUUGUGUUACACCAAAAUAGUUUCAGAAUUUUCUACCUUCUUUACCAGUUAAAUAUACAGUUCCUCCUUUAAUAGGCAAAACUCAUCUUAUUAUGACACCUCAUCCUAUUAAAGUUAAAGCCAUUCUUUCUUUUCAGAUGCCCUUUAAAUUAUAUGGACAUCUUCACACUAUUCUGAAGAUUUAAAAAUAGGAGAUAACUAGAAAAGAGAUGAUGAGGGAUGGAGAGAUGCAAAAACAAUAAGCUUUGUCUUCGCGGCAAAAAUUCUUUGUGACACUAAGCUCUUUCCGCCACCUUUCCAUGCUGUCAUAAUGGUGCACACAAACAUCCUGCCUGUUGCUCUCAAGAGGGUCUGCAAUGCCCAAAACAGAGGCAAAUGCCAGGUUCUUAGUAGGCAGUGCUCCAGCAUUGUCCGGUGCCUAACUGUAAUGAUGAAGCAUGGUUGCAGUGGCAAGUUUGAAAUCAUUGAUGAUCACAGAGCUGGAAAAAUUGUUGUGAACUUCAUGGGCAGGUUAACCAAGUGUCACUUAAUCAGCCCCAAACUUGAUGUGCGACUCAGAGAUCUAGAAAAAUGGCAGAAUAACCUGCUUCCAUCCCAUCAGUUUGGUUGCAUUGUGCUGGCAACCUCAGCUGGCUUCGUGGGCCAUGAAGAAGAGAGAUGAAAACACACAGGAGAGCAAAUCCUGAGACUCUUUUUUUAGGGAUAUAAUAUAUAUGUGCAAAUAAAAUGCCUCAGU